GCCAAAGCCGAAGGGCGUUACCGUAAUUUAGCAGCAGAAGGCUGCGGCGACGGUUGCUUUGGUAGUUUUGUCUGUGAUAGUUUCUCUGCUCACUUUGGAUUCGGAGCGUGUUGACAUCGACGUAACGCAUUACGGUAACGGAAAACGCUGCAGCAAGAGCCGGUUUCGACUCUGCAAAAUGCGGCGUCGCGUUGGUGGAGUUGGAGCAAUCCAAAAGCAGCAGUUGACUCAGGCACGGUUCAAGGACCGCGGCACGGAGCUUGCCGAAGAGCAGCUGCAACAAAUGACUCGGCAGAUGGAGGCAUUCCGUGAUAAACUGCAGGGAUUCGCUGCGAAACAUAAGAACGAUAUCCGUAAAAACCCGCAAUUCCGGCGACAGUUCCAAGAAAUGUGUGCCACGGCCGGAGUCGACCCUCUGGCGUCAAGCAAGGGCUUCUGGGCCGACAUGCUUGGAGUAGGCGACUUUUACUACGAGCUAGGCGUUCAGAUAAUCGAAGUGUGUCUCGCGACGUCGCACCAAAACGGCGGCCUAAUGAGUGUCGAAGAGCUAAGAGAGAGGGUGACUAAAUCUCGCAGCAGCGCCCAAAGACAAGAAGAAAUAACACAGGAUGACCUUCUGAGAGCCAUCGAGAAGCUCAAGGCACUGGGAAAAGGAUUUCAACUCAUCUCUAUCGACUGUCGGUAUUUGGUUCAGUCAGUACCUACAGAACUAAGCCUCGACCAUACUACCGUUAUCAAGCAGGCUGGAACUACAGGCUACGCUUCGGUAGGUUCUCUGGUGCAGGAUUUGGGCUGGGAUAUUGACCGUGCGCUAAAAGCUCUCGAAGAUCUUCUAAAGGAGGGCUUGGUUUGGUUGGACACGCAGGCGCCGAAGGAACAUUUGUACUGGUUUCCUGGUCUAGUUAGGUAGUUUGAUAGGACUGGUGUGCUGCUCUGCGUAAACCGUUUUGCCUUGCACGUCAAUACAGGCGUUUUGUCUUGCUCGUGUAUGUGACGCUAGAAUACUGUCACAGCGCCCUAUGAGUCAGUUAUUUUAUAUUGCCACAAGCUACGUUGCUUAAUGACAAAGGCAGGAAUAAUAUGUUGGCCAUAUGACAUUGUCGUCGUAUCAUUGUCGUCGUAUCACAGUUGCCUUUAAAAAAGUGUGUGGUUGCAACUGAUAUGCUACUUUGUGUUUUAAUAAGCCAUUGAACAUGUUGAAUGCUAUUAAAUCAGGCCUGAAACAUC